CAUCCGGCACUUCUGGCCGCAAAGAUGGAGAAGAUGUACCUAAAAAACGUGUGCCUCUGAAAGAGACUAUGAUGGAAAAAACAUGGAAAUCAUGGACCUAUGUCAGGAAAUGGCUGAUUGCCUUGAUAUCAUGGUCCUGGAGUCUAUGCCGGAUUUCCCUACUAGCUUUGAUUUUAACCUUUCACUUAUAUGGAGGCAUCCUUUUGCUUCUUUUGAUCCUUGCAUCUGUAGCAGGUAUAUUGUACAAAUUCCAAGAUGUACUCCUCUACUUCCCCGAGCAACCACCUUCGUCACGUUUGUAUGUUCCUGUACCUACUGGGAUCCCACAUGAAAACCUUUUUGUUAAAACCAAAGAUGGAAUCCGACUUAAUUUGAUUCUGUUGAGGUAUACUGGAGAUAAUGCAUCAUAUUCACCAACCAUAAUUUAUUUUCAUGGGAAUGCUGGUAAUAUUGGUCACAGGAUACAAAAUGCUCUGUUGAUGAUGGUCAAUCUAAAAGUUAAUGUAUUACUUGUAGAUUAUAGAGGUUACGGAAGGAGUGAGGGGGAACCGAGUGAAAAAGGCCUUUACUUGGAUUCAGAAGCUGUGUUGGAUUACGUUAUGACCAGACCUGAUCUUGAUAAAACAAAAAUAAUCUUAUUUGGCCGCUCCUUGGGUGGCGCAGUGGCUAUUCACUUGGCCUCGGAGAAUCCACAUCGGAUUUUUGCAAUAGUUGUUGAGAACACCUUCCUCAGUAUCCCACAUAUGGCCAGCACUUUGUUCUCCUUCUUUCCAAUGAGGUAUCUUCCACUUUGGUGCUACAAGAACAAAUUUUUGUCCUACAACAAGAUUGUGCAGUGCAGGAUGCCAUCGCUUUUGAUUUCAGGAUUGUCAGACCAGCUAAUUCCACCAGUCAUGAUGAAACAACUGUGUGAGCUGUCUACGUCACGGACUAAGAGACUAGUCAUUUUUCCAGAUGGAACUCAUAAUGAUACCUGGCAGUGCCAGGGCUAUUUUGCUGCUCUUGAACAAUUCAUAAAAGAGUUAUUAAAAAAUAAUUCACAUGAAGAAGUAAAAACCACAUCUAAUGUAACAAUAAUAUAAUUUUUUUCUGUAUAUGGUGUAAAUUUUAAAUGUGUAUGUACAGAAAAGGUGAAGGUUAACUUGGGAAGUCAUUAUUGGCUGUUUUAUCACCAGUGGUGGAAUAUUUUUACCUGUUUCAGUGCAUGAGAAAAGUAUACUGAUGUUUCUCACAGAGCUUUGUUGAUCUGAUCAGCUGUGGUGUUUAAUACUGUAACAUAAGGUUUCCUUUAGUGAGCACCAUAUGAACUAAGCGUCAUUUUAUUUAUUCCCCUUUUGAAUUAAAAAUGAUUUAAUUUUAUGUGAGAAAUUUUGUACUUGAAGUUCUUUUUACAUAUGACAGAAUUGUCUAUGCACGAAAUGCAUAGUUAUCUGUAUAAGGAAGUGAUAGCUAGUGUUCCUUGUGCAAUUAAGUUUAGGCUAGUUUAUCCUAAUUUUAAUAGUCCAGAAAUAAAAAUGUUAUUGGAUAAGCUUCAAUAUUACAAAUUAUUAUGAAUUUUGAUAUUUUAUUUCUUUGACUGUUUUGCUGACCUUGAGAAUGAAUGCUUCAGCUUAAUUUUAUUCAGAAACUAUCACCUGUUGUGUUGUAACUAAAUGUAUUCAAUAGAUAACAGUAGAUAAAGUAAAUUUCUCUUGAAAUUUUGAA